UGUUGCAACGACGUUUCUUCGGGUUUGCAUGUGCUGAGUCCCGCCUUGAUGAGACCGAGGAUUUUGUCAACAAAGGCCUGCUUGUACAAAGGGAUGAUGGCACUGUUGACUAUGAGAGGGCAUUUAACGUCAUCGAGGUUGAGUUGUAUUUUCUCUAUGACAUAUUUUAACAAUGCCUUCCUUCAUUACUAUGAGUCGAAAGUUGCAACAAUUUGGACAUUUGCCUCAAUCAUUGGCAUAAUAUUUGUGGGAGUUGUGACUAUCAUACCUGGGGCAAGGAGAACACAUAUUUCUGGCGACACUAUUGUUGUGACGACCGCAUCAUAUGACCUUGUCAUCACUCUAGUAAUACUGGUCUCCAUUGUUUUGCUCCAAGUGAUGCAGUUGGUACGGUGUUGGACAUCCAACUGGUCUAAAGUUGCCCUUGUGUGUCAGUCUAUCAGAAAUGGAGACGGGGGCUGCCAAAUGAGGUUUAAAGCAUUUAUGAGCAAGAUUAAUUUUUUCGCCGGCUAUGUCUGGCAACGUAAGCUUGGACAAUAUUCAUUUGUUGAAGCAAUCAGCACAAAAGAGUGUGUGUUGGCCACGUUUGUGAAACGUGCAUUCAAGGAAUGCAUCACUUUUUCAAGGAUAUUUGGAUUGCGGUACAUUGAGCAAGUUUACGAGGAAAUGUUUGGCAGUCCUACAGGCAAUGAUGUUCUGUUGACCACACACGUGAAGGAAGCCAUUGUUGACUCUUAUAUGCGCCUCUGCCUUAUUGACAAUGGUGAUCUAGGUACUUGGUCUUGGACUUGGCCGACAAUUGGUGUCUUUUCGGAGAGGAAAAAUGGACCGAGAACUAUUAUGGCUUGUCACAUUGCGACUUGUUACCUAGAAAUGGGGCAGUCAAAAAACAAGAAGUGGCUUGAUGAGCACCCUGUAGAAGAAGAGAGGGAGAAGCUAGCAGUGUAUUUUGAUGUUGCCACAACGUUGUCCAAGUACUAUGCACACUUGAUUGUCUCCGCGCCACAGUUACUUCCUCCGAACCCCUUGGAGACAAAAUCUGCUUAUAAUGCAGCCGCACGGGAAGCAAGACAUUUACUACGUGGGGCGAAAGACAAAUAUGAGGCAAUGAAACAUAUGGACUCAACAACAGGGGUGAUUACGAAUGAAGAAGAAUCAGAUUUCUCCAAGGAAGAAUCAGUUUUCCGGAAGGGCAUGGAACUAGGGAGGAGUCUCGAAAACCGGCCUGUGUUUGUUCUAUGGGAGGAGCUGGCAAGAUUCUGGACCAAUAGGUUGCUCUAUACCGCGCCUUCCGAUAAUGUGAAGGAGCACAUUGAUCAUCUCUCACGGGGUGGUGAGUUCAUCACGCAUCUCUGGGCUCUGCUGUUUCAUGCUGGCAUAGUCAAUGCCAACCAAUUCGAGCAAAAACAGGUCCUACGGGAACACUGGUGAGCCACCAAGAUCGAUGUUGCCGCCACUGAGCUCACUGAAAGUCCCAGGC